CUCCCUCCCUCCCUGCGAUGCUGGGCGGCUGGUGAGCGCCAAGGAGAAGGCGAGGAGCGGGCAGAGGACAAAUGCUGCAGCCGCCUGGGCUCUGAUUCCUGCCCCUUCUCCUCCAUGUCGCAUCUCCCUCCCGUCCCCCGGGGCGUGUAGCUGCUGCUGCCGCCCGGAGCCCCGCAUCCAGCCAGCCCUGCUCCCCGGCCCCCCGCCAGGGCUAUGGCCGCAGAAGGGGUGCUGCACAGCGUGGAUCACUAUAAGAGCGAGAUCGAGAGGCUGACCAAGGAGCUCACGGAAACCACCCACGAGAAGAUCCAGGCCGCCGAAUACGGGUUGGUGGUGCUGGAAGAGAAACUCACCCUGAAGCAGCAGUAUGACGAGCUGGAGGCGGAAUAUGAUGGCCUCAAGCAGGAGCUGGAGCAGCUGAAAGAGGCAUUUGGACAAUCAUUCUCAAUCCACCGCAAAGUGGCCGAAGAUGGUGAAACACGUGAAGAGACUCUCUUGCAGGAAUCUGCAUCUAAGGAAGCUUAUUACCUAGGGAAGAUCUUGGAGAUGCAGAAUGAGUUAAAACAGAGCAGAGCUGUGGUUACCAAUGUUCAGGCAGAGAAUGAGAGGCUUACGGCUAUUGUCCAGGACCUGAAAGAGAAUAAUGAAAUGGUGGAGCUGCAGAGAAUACGGAUGAAAGAUGAAAUCCGAGAAUAUAAGUUUCGAGAGUCAAGACUUCUUCAAGAUUACACAGAGCUUGAAGAAGAAAAUAUCACUUUGCAAAAACUGGUGUCCACACUGAAACAGAAUCAGGUUGAAUAUGAAGGCUUAAAGCAUGAGAUUAAACGAUUUGAGGAGGAGACAGUAUUGCUAAAUAGCCAGCUCGAAGAUGCCAUCAGAUUGAAGGAGAUUGCUGAACAUCAGUUGGAGGAAGCCCUGGAGACUUUAAAAAAUGAGAGGGAGCAAAAGAACAAUCUGAGAAAGGAACUGUCCCAGUAUAUCAACAUAAAUGAUAGUGUGUACAAUAAUCACAUUAAUAUAUCAGUAGAUGGAUUAAAGUUUGGAGAGGAUGGAAGUGAACCUAAUAAUGAUGACAAAAUGAAUGGGCACAUUCAUGGGCCUCUUGUGAAGCUAAAUGGAGAUUACCGGACUCCUGCAGUUAGGAAAGGCGAAUCUCUGCACCCAGUCUCUGACCUCUUCAGUGAGCUCAACAUAUCAGAAAUACAGAAACUGAAGCAGCAACUCAUGCAGGUGGAGAGAGAAAAAGCUAUUCUCUUGGCCAACCUUCAGGAAUCCCAGACACAGCUGGAACACACAAAAGGAGCACUGACAGAGCAACAUGAGCGAGUCCACAAACUCACGGAGCAUGUCAAUGCCAUGAGAGGGCUGCAGAGCAACAAAGAACUGAAGGCAGAGCUAGAUUUUGAGAAGGGCCGGGACUCUGGGGAGGAAACACAUGACUACGAAGUAGACAUCAACGGCUUAGAGAUUCUCGAGUGUAAAUACAAGGUUGCCGUGACAGAGGUGAUUGACCUUAAAGCUGAAAUCAAAGCCUUAAAGGAGAAGUACAAUAAGUAUGUAGAAAACUACACUGAAGAAAAGACAAAGUAUGAGAGCAGAAUCCAGAUGUAUGAUGAGCAGGUGACAAACCUCGAGAAAUCAACUAAGGAAAGCCACGAGAAAAUGGUUCACAUGGAAAAAGAGUUGCAAAGGAUGACAAGCAUAGCAAAUGAAAACCAUAAUACCCUCAACACCGCCCAGGAUGAGUUGGUAACCUUUAGUGAGGAGUUGGCUCAGCUCUAUCAUCAUGUUUGUCUGUGUAACAAUGAAACGCCAAACAGGGUCAUGCUGGACUAUUACAGGCAAAGUAGAGUUACCCGUAGUGGGAGUCUGAAGGGACCUGAUGAUCCCAGGGGGCUUCUCUCUCCUCGGCUCGCCAGAAGAGGGGUGGCAUCCCCAGUAGAAGCCAGGACCCCAACUGAGCAGGUUUCAAAAGAGAGCACAGAAGUCGGUAAAGAACAAAGCCCAACAAAGACACCUACCAUUUCUCCUAUCAUCACGGCCCCUCCUUCAUCUCCAGUCUCUGAUACCAGUGACAUUCGCAAAGAGCCAAUGAAUAUCUACAACCUAAAUGCCAUAAUAAGGGACCAAAUCAAGCACUUGCAGAAGGCUGUUGAUCGGUCAGUGCAGCUGUCUCGCCAGCGCGCAGCAGCACGUGAGCUGGCACCCAUGAUUGAUAAGGACAAGGAAGCCUUAAUGGAAGAGAUCCUGAAACUGAAGUCACUGUUGAGUACCAAAAGGGAGCAGAUAGCAACCCUGAGGGCAGUGCUGAAAGCCAACAAGCAGACCGCUGAAGUGGCAUUAGCCAAUUUGAAGAACAAAUAUGAGAAUGAAAAAGCAAUGGUGACUGAAACAAUGACCAAACUUCGAAACGAGUUAAAGGCUUUGAAAGAAGAUGCAGCAACCUUCUCAUCCUUGAGAGCAAUGUUUGCCACCAGAUGUGAUGAGUAUGUCACACAGUUGGAUGAGAUGCAAAGGCAGCUGGCAGCUGCUGAGGAUGAGAAGAAGACCCUAAAUUCUCUGUUGCGGAUGGCUAUCCAGCAAAAACUCGCCCUAACCCAGAGACUGGAGGAUUUAGAGUUCGAUCAUGAGCAGUCCCGACGCAGCAAAGGCAAGCUUGGAAAGAGCAAGAUCGGCAGCCCUAAAGUAAGUGAGGAGGCAUCAGCCACCGUGCCAACCAUAGACACUUUCCUCCUGCAUAGUCAGGGCCCACAGCAACCAAACUUACUGGUCAGCAGUGGCACUCAGAGGAAAAGACUAUUCUCACCUUCCCUUUGUGAUCAGAGUCAUCCCAGGACUUCAGGGACCUACCUACAGCAUUUAUUAAGAGUCCCCCCUCAUCCCGCCUCCACAGAAUCAUUUCUUCUGAGGGGCCCCCCUUCCAUGAGUGAAUUCAUCCAUGGGCACCGUCUCAGCAAGGAAAAAAGGUUAACCGUGGCCAUACCAGUCCUAAUGCUCUUCCGGAAGAGCAGCCACAUUCCAGCUCUCAGUGUGCCCCUCUCAACUGUCUCUCUAAGCCUCCUCCUUAUCCCUAAUCUUCAUAUGCAACGUAAGAAUAAAAAAACCAAACAGAAUGGAAUUCAUGCAACAAUGAUACAGGUUGCUCCCAAACGGGUCUGGCAGACAAUCCUGCCUUGUUGCUGCAUUGACAAGUCUGGAUUCAUAUCCGCAGUUUUGGCAACUGAGGGAAGGUUGAGAAGAAGAACACAAAGCACAGAGCCCAGCCUGUCAAGAAGACUUUUUAUGGUUCCUCUGAUUGUAUUCAAACUUUGCUAUUUGACUGAAGUUUAGCAAAAUGUAACAUCUUGAGAAAAUGUUCCUCCCAGCUGCUUGGCUUUACCCUCUGGAAUCCUGAGAGACAUAAGCCAAUAUUAAAAAAAAAAUUAAUGUUACAAAAUCCUAUCUAUACAUCCCCCAAGUUCAGCCAUAGGAACCAGUUUAGAUUUUCUUUUCUGUUCUUAAGAGUAUGUUAUUUAUUUUUCACUUUAUUUGCACCAUAAUUCUGUGUUUAUAAAAUGCAGUCCUUUUUGUGAGAGUUGUAUUUAAUUCCUUUUAUUUUUUUUUUAAAUGAGCAGUAAUAGCUUAACUUAAGAAUGGCUGAGUUAAUAUUAUGAACAAUUGAGGUUUCUGAUCUUGACCAGAGAGUCUGGCCUUUUUUAUUGCACAAAAAUGUUGAUGAUGGGGUGAAUUGGAAUGUUAACAAGAACUUUGUAUUUUGCUGCUGCACUGAUAUAGUUUAUGUACUUGUCUUCUAAUUUCUAUCACAAUUGCUGCUGGUUUUGUUCUCGUUCUUCCCUGGAAGCUAAUUAUUAAACCUAAGGAGGCAUUUAUUUUUAUUCACCUGCACGCUUGCAUCGUAAGUAUAUUUUUGCAUUUCAAGCAAGUAGAUGAAUUGGUGCUGUUUUUCUUUUUGGGUGGGGGGGUUCUAUUCGGUACUUGAGAAAGAUAAGGUGAAAGAACUUGAAGUAAAAUGUUGUGUGCUAAUUAAAAUGCCCAAGUUGUUUUCUUCCUUCCAGCUCCCAAAUUCAGGAUGCUAGCUUGAGGCCUUACUUGUAAAGGAAUAGCGCGAAUGGUGGGGUUAUAAAGAUUUAGCGUGGACUAUUCUGUGGCGAAAUAUCUCCUGCAGGUAGGGUUGAUGGCUUGGAUCAAAGGUGGUAGGAUUUUGCUGUAGUGUAUUUUUUUCCUUGCCAAAAAUCAACAGACACAGAACCUUAGCUCAUUGUCAGUUCUGACAAAUACUCAGGUGAUCUACAGUACACACAGAUUCUAUUGCAACAGUGCACAGUGUUCCUAGUUAAGGAUUCUUUCCUGUAGAAGAUGAAUCAAGCUGGUUUUCCGAGUAGUGGAUUUGCGUAGCUAAGUGAAAGAUAGCUGAAUUUAUUUUGCACAGAACCUGACAGCAAGACAAGUAGCUAAGUAAAAUGUUGCCUUUUAGCAUCUUUGGGCUUCCCAUUUGGUUUCCAAAUGAAAAAAAAUAUAAGUCCAGCCCACUCAUUGCUAAUUAGCAUACUACUUGCUCUUGGUCAGGUGGCCUUAAUUUAUUUAAAGGAGAAAGGCUCUGACAUUUCCAUGUCUCCUUGUCUGUUCCUUCUCUGCAGUAUAAAUAUAGUCUACAGGACAAAAACGUGAUAUAGCUUAUGUUAUGCAGCUGUUGAGAAAAAAAUUGCUGCUGAUAGAGUUGGAAAAAUUCAGCAUAUUCUGCCUGAGUGUGAGACAAACGAGCAGUCUUCUCGUAUUAAUGACGCUUACCAAAUGUUAUAAUAUACAGUACAUAGCAGAGGAAAGAAUCAAUGACCAAUCAGUGUGCCUAACAAUCAUCAUUACCAUAGUACCAGUAAUGAAGGUGCUGUAAAUAGAAGUAUUCUAUGUAAUCAACAAUGUACAUUAUGUAACCUUGGCAGAACAUUUGAGCUGUUGUAUCAAAAUGUUCAGAGUCAGAGGUGGAGAAAAAUAGAAAUAAAUUGGUGUAAAAUUCUGAUCAUACCAACCUGACAACUCUUUGCAGUGUUUUUAUAUAAGUUUCUAUGCUGUUCAUAUGAUCUUCCUUAUGUAUCACUCACAUAACUAUUUAGUCCCCUACUUAACCUACAUGUUGUCUUGUUUCAAGAAAACCAGAUAAGACUUAUUUAACAUUUUACUGUUUUGGCACUGGAGAUUACAUGCUAUGUAGAUUUUUAUUAAAGAACUGUUUUGCUUAGGGCAAGUGUUGCCUUUAAGCACCUCAGAAUAACUGACCUUGUUAAGUGGUACAUUGCUAUUCCACAAUGAUACUGUCUAUGUUCAGCAAAGACAGCUGCUGUAUAUCAGUUCAGCGAGAAAAGGAUUAGCAUUGCUACACUGAAUACAGUUGCUGCAAGCUUUACUUUGAAUAUUAUCUCCUUUUUUCGUGUCCAAACUAAAUAUCCAAAUUAAACAUCUGUUGAAACUUACCAAGAGUAUUUCUUCUUCCCUAAUUUAAAAAUGAAUUUAAAAAACCUCCCAGGAAGCACAUUAUUUAUUUCAAUGUAGAUAUGAAUCUGUGGGGGGAAAUGCCUAUUUUGAAGUAUUCAUCCAAGAGUGUGUUCAUUUUUUAAUUGUGAAUUGCAAAGUAACUUUGGGAACUCUGAAAUACAGCACUGGUAUGCUUGUUUGGACCAUGAGUAAUAGAACAGCUUUCAAUGAAUUAGAGGUUAUGGUCAUCUUUUAUAGAAAUAAGUGAGUUUUUUAAAUUUUGAUUCUAUUGUUAAGCUUGACAUUAAUUUUUAAUUUCUAAUUUCUUGAUUUCUAAUUUUUAUAUACAAUAAAGCAGAAGUACAUGAAAAUUUAAGAGAACUAGGAAAAAACCAACUUAAAUGUAAAAAUGACUGUAGUUACCAUUGCAUUGUAAGUAAUAAAGCUUUGUGGGCCUCA